AUGACGCGUCAGAUCCACUUGACGCGCGUCGGCAAUUUCGGCCCAGCGGCCGCGGGUGCGUGCGUGAAGAAAAUUGAUUCCGGUCGGGAUUUUUUUCGCCCCACGUCGCGCAUUAAUCACCGGGGCCGGUGGUUAAUUAAUCAAAGGGCCGCGCGCCCUGUCGAUAGCAGGGCGCCAUUUGCGGUGGAAUUAGGCGGGCGAGGUCCCCGCUUCGGACGGCGUGACGCGAAUGCCAUCACUGUUAUCGGCUUAGACCACGCCAGGGCAGGGGUUCGUGCGGGGCUUAUG